AUGUAUUUUCCGUCCGCAACUUUCCUCUUGGCCGUGUUCAUGGCGUCAUCGAGCGUUGCAUGGGCAAGGACCCCAACCAAGACGCCGAGUGCAGCCGCCGCCAGCGCCACCGCCGCCGCCACGUCGAGCGUGGAAGCGAUGCUGAUCCAUCCAGAGUGCUACACCUCUGGUCCACUACUGAGAGUCGGUGAUGGAGGCGGCGGUAGCGAAGAUGCGCAGAUUCGUCACUUUUGCGCGUCUAACGGGGACAAGGCGCUGGGAGUAUCGCAGACGCAUGGUCUCCUCGAGAGCAAGCCUGGCGACGGCCGCCUACGCCUACGUAUUCACCUCGACGGUGUUCACCGUGGCGACAAUACCUCGUCUCCCUGGGCCGGAUACUACGUCGGCGGCGCAGGCGACGGCGACGUGCAGGUCGAGUAUUGCGUCGCGGCCUUUGCGGCGGUCAUUGUCAGCUGCACAGGCCGAAACAAUACCGGUGGCUCGGGCGUGGACGCCCGCGACCUGAAGGGCGGGUCGGCCGUGCGCAAGUACUACGUGAACGCGUGGGGUGCUUGA